UCUCUAAAUAGCGCGCAGGAGAGGAGAGAUGGCAGUCGCUGCAGCUAAAAAGCAGCUUCGUCAGGAAUUGAAGAGAGCUCUGGCGGCUAUGACUAAACAACAGCGGCAGGAAGAGUCCUCCAUUCUCACCUCUAAGGUCCUGGCGAGUGGGGAAUACAGGAGCAGUCAGCGACUGUCCAUCUACCUCACUAUGCCCACGGAAGUCGACACUCACCACAUUCUAGAGGAUGCUCUGAAGUCUGGCAAAGACUGCUAUGUCCCUCGCUACGAGGGAGCAGUCAUGGAGAUGUUGAAGGUACAUUCCCUGGAGGAUGUGGCCUCUCUCCCCCUCACUGCCUGGAGGAUUCCUCAGCCUGCCUCUGAUGAGGGGAGGGAGAACCCUCUCUCCUCCGGCCACGGGCUGGACCUCAUUCUGGUUCCUGGUCUCGGAUUCUCCGAGACUGGACUGAGGAUUGGCAGGGGGAAGGGAUACUAUGAUACCUACCUGACAAGAUGCAUCACAGCUGGCUUCAGACCAAAGACAUUAGGACUGGGAUUCUCUUGCCAGAGAUGCAGCCACAUACCCACCAAUGACCAGGACUUUGCUCUAGACAGAGUCCUGUUCCCAGACUCCAUUCCAUGAUCACACAACAUUAGCUCAACAAUAAUUUCAAAGCAGCAACAAGUAUUAUACAGGGUGAACAAUAAGCGAGGGGAGGUUGGGUGUGAGGUGUGGGUCAGAAACUUAGUUCUAUGGCAGGCAGUUGAGGCAGAAGGAGCGGAGAUGGGUUUCAUCAUAGCUGCAUGUGGUAAACAGUAGAAUUGGGUAAUGAUCACAGAGACUUACUCACUUGAGGACGGAGCAGUUUGAGCAGAAGGUGGCCUGACAGUGCCAGCACUGCCGACUACACUCACCACACAUCACCCCCUCACAGUGAGCACAAGACCACGCCUCCCUUUGACGACCUUUGCACCCACUACACUCUCCCCCCACACCUCUACACCCCCCUCCCCGAAGGCCCAACUUUCCCCCACCAGAUGAAGUAAAAUAGUCCAGGAGCCCAGUCCGUUCUCUGGACUCAGUCGAAACCGUCUCUGUGCUGCCAUUAUUUCUUGCAAUAUGAGACUUUGAAGAAUCUCUGUCAAAUGAGUGGACCCCGCUGUGAUUGUCUCUAAUCGAACCAGCUGGCGGUAGAGCUGUAUCUCCGUUUGAACGACCGCUGGCUCCUUGGAACAGAAGGGCCUUCGUUUUCUCUACAGUGGGAGCCGAAAUGAUUUACAUUUAUGAUAUCAGGGCUCACCAAACACCGCCUGUCUCUCCUCCUCCGUAGCCAUCUGCUCGAAGCCGACGUGCGUCUUGCACUGCAGCGGAGUAUACUCUCCGAACGGAUUCUUUCUCUUCGGCAUCAUACGACACUACCUAUACACCUAAAGCUAGUCA